CCAUGGACGGAGGAUAUAAAGGCCGGUAGGCUAAUACUUGAAAUUUUGCGGAUAUUGAAUAGAUUAUACUUUGGCUGACUGAAAGCUUAUAGACUAAUUGCUUCACAGAACUUGGUACAAAGUAGAUCACAAUUAUUUUUUUGAAUUGGUUCUCAUUUCACAAUUAAUUAUUUGACUGGAUGGAUCCCUUAUAUACAGAAGUGUCAUUCUAAAUGUCAUGUCUCAUGAAGAAUGUCAUACUAAAUUCUUUCCUUUUUUCUUAAGCUUAUAACUGUAAAAUGGCUGUGCCAAUCCGGAAUUCAUGUUUGUUUAAAGAUGUUUUGAAGUUGUCUACUGCCUUCGUCAGAUACUCAUCAGAUUAUGCCGUCUCAAAUUGUAAUCUAAUGCUGACAAAAGAGACGAAAGUUAUUAUACAGGGAUUCACUGGAAAGCAGGCUACAUUCCACGCUAAGCAAGCAGCUGAAUAUGGCACAAACAUUGUUGGUGGAGUAUCGCCAAAGAAGGCAGGCCAAACACAUCUGGGCAAACCAGUAUUUGCCACAGUGAAGGAAGCAAUGGCUGCAACGGGUGCUACAGCUACAGCCAUUUAUGUACCGCAGAGAGUUUGUGCUAAGGCCAUAAUGGAAGCCAUUGAAGCAGAAGUUCCCCUCAUUGUCAGCAUCACAGAGGGUAUUCCUCAGCAUGACAUGGUACGUGUAAAGCACGCGCUUUUAAGGCAGUCCAAGUCUCGACUAUUGGGCCCUAACUGCCCAGGCAUUAUCUGUCCGCCCGCUAAAUGCAAGAUUGGUAUAAUGCCAGGUUCCAUUCACAAAGCGGGGUGCAUCGGUGUUAUAUCUCGAUCAGGCACCCUCACUUACGAGGCUGUCCAACAGACCACCGAGGAAGGGCUGGGCCAGACGCUUUGCAUUGGUAUUGGUGGUGAUCCAUUCAACGGUACUAAUUUUAUCGACUGCUUAGAUAUUUUCCUGAAAGACACCAAUACGAAAGGAAUUGUUCUCAUCGGAGAAAUCGGCGGCAACGCUGAAGAGAUGGCAUCUGAUUUUCUCAUAGAACACAAUUCAGGGCCGAAUGCAAAGCCAGUUGUAUCCUUCAUUGCUGGAAUUACAGCCCCACCCGGCAGGCGAAUGGGUCACGCCGGUGCCAUCAUUUCAGGCGGCAAGGGAGGCGCUCAGGACAAAAUUAAGGCAUUAGAAAAAGCUAACGUGAUCGUCAGCCGCUCCCCAGCCAAAAUGGGUGAACUACUGGCUAAAGAAAUGAAACGAUUAAAUAUAGCCUAAACGAGACGUUAUACAUAGCAUUGAUGAAGACUAAAAUCCUACUAUUUGCACGGAAGAAAGGAGAGAACACAGAAUAUUUAUGUGGAUAAUCUUGAUUAUUACGUUAUUAUACACGCGUACCUAAAUUCUUUUGUAGUGAAUGUAAUAUAUACCGUUCUCUGACGUUGGUGGUUUAUUUUUAUUUACACAGUUAAUCUAGAGCCUGAGAAAGGUCGAGGGCUACUUUUUAUCCGGGUAUUUUUAUGUAUGAAGUUUUUCUCUGGACGAGAGUAGAACCGCGGGAAACAGGAUUAAGGAGAUGAAUCAUUUUGAUAUGUUUCCUACCUCGAAGGUAUAAUUGAAUUUAUAGACGUUUGGUGUGAAUACAUGCAUUAAUGUUGGCACUUGACGCCAGUACUUGACUGUUUUUAUUUGUUCAUCGCGCUGAGCAUCCUGUAUCUACCUGGCUAUCUAUAAUUAUGUCUUGAACUUUAACCCUUCUGCACGUGACUUUUAAUUCAUUUCUACACACCUAUAGGUAGAAACCACGUUUUAGAAAACUAUGUUACCUAAGUUCUGCUUUGAAAGACAAUGGAAAGUUGCGGAAUGCGGGAUCAUAACUAGUUGAAUGAAAAUAAAUUGGUAUCGAACAGAUUUUUAUUUCGUUUUGGAUAUUAGUUAUCUGCCUUAGAUACCUACCGAGGAGUUCCCGAUAGGCUCAGGCAUAUUAUCCGUUCUCUCUUUACUCUCCGACGCUUCUGAAUAAUCAGGUGUAGGACUGACUCCGAGUCACAAGCGCUUCACCGAUAUCUUUCACCCUCGGAAGUACUUUUGAAAGUUCCUAAAAAUUACCUAUAGUAACAGAUAUUAGAGAUUUUCACCUUCAGUUCUCGGUCAAGCUGAGGCAAGGACCGACCUACUCGUCUUAAAACCACACGACUCUCGCAUAGAUAUAACUCAUGUAAUUGUUGCCACACGAUCGUCCUACAUCCGCUAUUGUAUGUGAACUGUGUAGGGCACGGUAUAGGGCCCUGAGUAGUCUCAGCGUUACGUGAUGCCCUGUGCUAUUCUACUUUCAUCCAUGAGUCCUACGUACGCAAUAGCGAAAGGUUUAAAACCUAUUAAUUUACUCGAUUUGUUAUGUUGCCUACUCUAUGUAAAAUUUAUUUUUAUAAAGUUCCUGAAGACUGAUAUUUAAAACUGAAUAAUUUUUCAUCACGUCAUUACCAGCCUAUUAAUUUGAUCCACUUCUGAGCAAUGGUCAGUUACUGCGAUUACCGCGCUUGCUGUGACAACUUCACAAAUCCAGAUGUCCUCGGGAUGUUACAAACAUAGUAUUGUUUCAUUUAUUU